GCUUCCAAUAAGGGUUAAUUAUAUCUUAGUUUGGAUCAAGUACCGGUAUGGGAUCCAUUAUCUAGAAACCAAUAAUCCAGAUAGCUCUGAAUUACUUAAGGAUUUUCUUGCAUCUCAUCCUAAACUACGGGUUUGGGCGCUUCACCCGGGCCACCUAACCUCAUUGGUAAGUGCGAAUUGUCUACAUUUCAUUUGACUGAAUGUGAUGAGAAGGCUGACCCCUCUAGAUCAAUUUUUACAUUUGGUGAGCUUCGACUUUUUAUUAGGAAUUGCUGAGUAUUUAACUUGUUUACUGUUCUAUUAUUACAGAGAAAAAGGAAAUCAUUUUUAAAAAAUUGGAUUAUUUGAAUAAAAUGGAGUCUAUGGGAGAUGUCCUUUCUGUAAUUCGGAGCUUUCUGGAUAACGGGUUUCCAGAUAAUGGCUCCUGUACAAGUAUCUACUUCUAUCACAAAGGAAUUGGCUAUGCCAUUUUAUGAAGUACACAGCAUGGCAGCAUCUUUAAUAACAAUUACAAAGUGAGCUGCUCAGUUUUUAGGAAAUGAAGUCCAGCACCUGGUCCGGAACUUUGGAGAGAGAGCCAUCAAGUUUCCUAGCACCAAAAGGCCAGAGAAAAAAAACAGCUUUGUUGCAGAUAAAGCAAGCAGAAUGUGGUGAAACAGAGACAGAGCACUGGAAAGAUUCACAGGGGGGCGGAGAAAUGGCAGUGUAAGUGAAUUUCUUGCAUUGAGAAAUUGCUGCAGAAGCAACAGCAACAACGAAUUUGAGAACAUUCUCAGAAAAUGAACAAGACCUUUACAAGAGAACCUUAAAGACAGGCGAUUCUACAUUAUGACCAUGAGGAUUCCUUUUUCAUUGUUCCUGAUCAUCACUCAGAAAAUCCUCUGGGCUAAUGGCGGAUGCUCCUACAACAAAGAUCUCCGACACUGCUCCUGCUCACUUGUUGACCUAACUAAUGUCAUGAGCAUCGUGUCGUGCAUCCAGGCUUCUAGUUUGGAGUUUCAAGGAGGACGUUUUGUGGAUACCGAAGAAUAUUCUUUGCACAACGUGGAGAUGGAACAAGUACUGGCCAUGAUCCACCUUCCUUUGUCAAAAGUGGUGUUUGCAAAUGUUGUGAUAUCCGAAGAAUUUCUCUUUUCGUUUCUAAACUGGGUUCAGAGGAUACAGAUCAACAUGCUCGCUUUUGUGAACACAACUUUUGAAGGCAAAUCAAACAGUCAGCCGAUGGUUGGAUCACCUCCUCAAAUUCUUUCUCUUCAAGUCAUAAAUGGGUCUUCGUACCCAUUAUUUGAUAGAGUUUCUGAUUUCACUGGCCUAAGAAGCUGGAUUUUUAAAUUGGAGGAGUUAAUACUGACAAAGUCUCAGCUAUCAGGCAUACCAUGCAACACAAGUAGGCAAUUUAAGGUUUUAUCCUCAUUAGAUUUGUCUGAAAAUCUUCUCCAAGAUGAAAAUGUUUCCUCUUCCUUUUGCCAAGGUGCUUUCCCCAACAUCAAGACUUUAAAGCUCCACCAUAACUACUUGAUCAAUUUUGAUACCAUAUGUCAAACACUCAAUAAAGAAAAUCAGUUAAAGCACCUAGAUUUAAGCCGGAAUAAUCUUUCAUCUGCUGCAGCUUCUCUUUGUGAAUGGCAGCCAUCGUUGACUCUUCUAAAUCUGUCUGACACUGGUUUGAAAGAACUGCACCAUAUUUUGCCUCGGAACUGUGAGAUUUUAGAUUUAAGCUACAAUAAGCUUUAUGCCCUCAACCUCUCACUACCUAGUCUGAGGGAACUCCAUCUCUCUCACAAUUUGUUCACUACUAUUUCAUCUAUAGGAAUCUUUCCACUCCUGCAGAUCCUGGCCAUAGAUGGCAACCCAAUGAAAACCCUUCAGAGAGGCCAAUUACAAUAUUUCAGACAUAUGAGCACUGUCAGGGCAGAUAAUAUCCCAUAUAUUUGUUCAUGUUCUCUGGUCCAUGAUAUAAAUGAAAUGACAAUGUCUAGUUUGACUUUCCAGCAGUGGCCUGAUGGUUACGUAUGUGAUUCCCCAGAUUCCCUGAAGGGUCAACGAGUUAGUGAAGUGGAACUUUCCUUUUUUGAGUGCCACAAGCCUCUUUUAUCUGUGUUAAUUUGUAUUGUGUCGUUAUUAGUCGUCGUGGCUGUAGUCGUUUGCAUUCAUAAGUUCCAUCAAAGCAAAAAGACGCGAUUACAGAAUCUGCAAAGAUCAAAUGUGUGCAAUAUGCAGUUUCAGACAUAAAAAAGCAUUGUAUAUUUGGAGGGCUAUGUGAAAACAUGAUCCAUCUUUUUUCUAGACCAGUGAUCCGUAACCAUUGGCUUUUGAGCAACAUGGUGUUCACCAACCCCUUGGAUGUUGUUCUCAGUGGCCUCAAAGCAGGUGCUUAUUUUUGAAUUCUUGGCUUGGAGGCAGAUUAGAGCCUCCAGUAGCCUGUCGGUCCACAUACGGACUGCAAGCUAGCCUAUCAGAGCCAUUAUUUGGCACCCCAGGAACAUUUUUUCAUGCUUGUGUGGCUCCCCGCCACUUUUUAGAUUUGAAUGUUCCAUACCAAUAACACACAAGGAACCAUUUAUGACCUCCAGUUCCUAUGUUGCAAAAUUGCUACAGGUGUCUGCUCUGCCCCAUUAAAUAUAACACUGCCUCUGUUCAGCACAGCGUUGCAUUCAUGAGUGUAGGGCGGUUACUGGACCUGAGCAAAGUUUAUAAAUGUUGUUACAUCUCUUGUCACAAAAGCCUUCUCAUGUGAAAGAUGUAAAGUGAUGUGAUUUGCAGUUUUAUUUAUACAUUUAAAUAAAAAUCCAUUAAAAAUGAAA